GGCAGAGGUUCAUGCUAACGGAAUCAAGUUCAUUGUAUUUGUACCUUUCUAAGGUUAGAGUUAAAAUAUAAAGUUAGUUUAACAGUUCGGUGAUGGGAAAAGACUAUUACGAAGUCUUGGAAAUAAAUCGCAGUGCCACUGAUGCUGACAUUAAUAAGGCGUACCGGCGGCUCGCGUUGAAGCAUCAUCCGCGCAGCAGCAGUCACGCGCGCGCCGCCGAGCGCUUCACUUUGCUCGCGGAGGCGUUUGACGUGUUGAGCGACCCACGUAAAAAGGCCACUUAUGAUAAAUUUGGAAAGGAGGGGUUAAAAGGAGGUAUCCCAUCUGAGUUGGGUGCUAAUGGCGCCUGGGCAUCAGGAUAUGUCUACCAUGGAAAUGCAGAUGAAACAUUCCGACAGUUUUUUGGAGGAGACAACCCGUUUGCAGAUUUCUUCACCAAAGAUGGCAGUGAGGUAAACACAGCUUUUGAGAGCUUGCGUGGACUAAAGGAAAAAAUACAAGAUCCACCAAUAGAGAGAGACCUUCAUUUAGCCUUAGAGGACCUUUACUAUGGAUGCACCAAAAAAAUUAAAAUAUCACGAAGGGUCAUGAAUGAUGACGGACACACAUCCAGCAUAAGAGACAAAAUUUUAACCUUCAUUGUGAAAGCAGGAUGGAAUGAAGGAACACGAAUCACAUUUCCGAGAGAGGGGGACCAGGGACCAAACAACAUCCCAGCAGAUAUAGUUUUCAUCAUACGACAAAAGCAACACCCACGCUUUGUCCGUCAAAAUGAUGAUUUGUACUACACAGCACAAAUCUCUCUCGAGAAGGUGUGA